ACACACACACACACACACACACACACACACACACACACACACACACACACACACACAUGCACACAUAGGCCAUAGCAUGCAGCCCCACUGCUGAGGCGCACAGUAUUUCAUUGGGAAGCAGGACGACCUCUGUCUCUAUUCUCUACCAGCAGCUCAACAGGGUUUUGUGAACCCCUAUUGCCCCUCCCCCAGCACCCCCCAUGGCUCCACUCUGCGCUGGGGUGUUGCUCUGUGUCCUCUGUGUGUGGGAGUGUGUCGGCGCGUCCAACCCCUCCCACGUGGACCACGGAGGUGUUUCGCUGUGGAGCGACCGCCUGCUGGGGGAGCCCAGCGUCAUGAGCCUGAACGACAGGCUGGAUCCACAGUGGUACCAGGCGAACAACCCGGAGUCCUGCCCCGAGGGCUGCUUCUGCCCCAUCCAGUGGCCCACCGCGCUGUACUGUGACCAGAGAGCCCUGACCAGCGUCCCAGCAGAUCUGCCUGGGGACACCCAGUAUCUCUUCCUACAGAGGAACAACAUCAGCAGCCUGCCCUCCUCGGUCCUGGCCGAGGCCCCGGCCCUCCGCUGGCUCAUCGUGGACCAGAACCAGCUGGAGGGGGAGCUGCUUGAGGGCCCGGCGCUGCAGAACCACACGGAGCUGCGCUACCUCUUCGCAAACCACAACCGUCUGACGGCCGUGCCGCAGGGCCUGCCGGAGGGGCUCCGGCAGCUCAGGCUGGCCUACAACCGGAUCUCCAGCCUCGGCGCCGACGCAUUCCAGCAUCUGCAGAAUCUGACCGUUCUGCUGCUGCAGGGGAACCGUCUGCAGACCGUCCCGUCCGACAGCUUCACCGGUCUUCUCGCCCUGGACCUGUUGGACCUGGGUGAGAACCGCUUCAAGGCGGUGCCCGCGCACCUGCCCCCGUCCCUCCAGCAGCUCUACCUCUCGGGGAACAACUUCUCGGAGCUGGGCGAGGGCAGCUUCGCGGGGCUGGACAGGCUCAAGUACCUGCGCCUGAGCCGCUGCGGCCUGCGGAGCCCCGGCGUCCCCCGGACGGCCUUCAACGUGUCCACGCUAGUGGAGCUGGACCUGUCGUACAACCGGCUGGCCGUCACGCCCACGGUGCCCAACAGCCUGCAGUACCUCUAUCUGGAGGCCAACGAGAUACAAGAGUUCAAAGUGAGUAGUUUCUGUCAAGAUAAGGGGCCUCUGUCCUACUCCAGAAUGAGGAUUCUGCGGCUGGACGGGAACAAGAUGUCUUACAGUCAGCUGCCAGUUGACUGGGUGUACUGUCUCAGAGUGCUGCACAAUAUCUUCAUCUGACCACACUCGUUAUAUGGAUUUAUUUUCAUGAAACAAAAACUGUAAUAUGCAAAAAAAAAUGAUCCCCAAUACAUCCAUGAAUAGCCCCUUGGAAAUGUUUGUGUAUUUUUCAUUAUAACUUGAGAUCUUUAUCUUCAGUUCAAUCGUCCAUAAUGUUGUUUGAUCUCGUACUAAAUAUAACCGAUGGUAUGCUGUGCAAAAGUUUUAGAAUGCCUCGUCAAAAUAACCGAUUUAGGAUAAGGAUUAUUACUAUUGUAAUGACGAUAAACCAAGCUAUUGCUACAUAUUAUAGUCAGUAUAUGUUGUUUUUUGUUUUUUAUCUCUAGGCUCUUAAGGCUCACUUAAUGCAACCAAUUUUCACAUGUAUUUACUCCUGCUUACUUAGAAUCUUAUCAUUACUUACUGUGAAAUAUAACACUAUAGAUAGGUUUGUGUAUGUUUAUGUGUUUAUAGUGCUUAAAAUAGUAAUAGAAUAAAACAUGCUUGGAAAUAAGGAUCUAACCAUCAAAAUACCCACAAUUCUUUGCGUUCACACGCUGGGCGGGAUAUUUAAAAAUGGUGUAAUACAAUUAUUUAGUUAUUUGAAAGUUAUUUGAACGUUUUCAGAAAUAUUUUGUUCCGUAUUGCUUUUUAUAGAUUAAUCAUGUAAAUGCAAAAAAUGUACCUGUGCGAGGAUUGAUUUGUUUUUAUAUGUAAGUAGGUGGUGUUUAAAAAAACUACUGUCGCCAAUAACAAUUUCAACAAUUCAAAUAUUUAAAUAUUUAACACUGGAGCAAUAUUAAAAAGCGGAGGUGGAAGCGCUUCCACACUAGCAAGUUGUU